AUGGGUAUCCCGGAUCAGAUUGUCGUCCUAUUGGUCAUCAUAGGUGCUGCGGCUUUCGUCACCAUGGGCUUUGCCUUCCAGAGGCUGUUCGGUGGGCAAGAUCCGAACGAAGGGAAAUUUAACGUCAAGCUACCCGAGCAGGAAGCGUAUAUGAGGGAGGCCUUCACAUCGCCAUCCUCGAGAGAUAUAAAACCCCCACCCGGUCGGUACAAGAUCACGAGGGCAGGCCCCUUCCGAUACUUCUUUGAGGCUUUUCAGCAGAGAGAAGCGGGGACGUUAGAGACAAGGAUCAAGAAAUGGGACCUUUGGGAUAAUAAUGAACAACUUCCUCAAGUCCAUACGAUUUUCCAAAUUGAUGGUCACCCCUCAGCGGCAGCCCGGUUUGCAGACGCAGAACACCUGGACGACUCGUGCCAGGUGAUAAGCAAACCAAGGAAAAUCGACCGGCACAGAGAAGGGACAAGUCAAAAUACAGACAACAACGGCAACGAACAAGUCAAGGAAACCUGCUCGGUUUCAGAGCAUCCAUAUACCUUGUCAGAGAUACCCUCUGACCUGGUGGAAGAAUGCGUGCAUGGUAUUGAGAGGAAAUGGGUACAUGGCGAAAGAUAG